GCUAGAUAAAUACAAAAUAUUCUUACAUCUUUAAACUCGUUCACUAAAGUCGGUGACCCUCAACAACCUUGACCUUCAUACCUUCUGAUGUUUGUUCGAUUGAUCAGGUAUUUCUGAUACGUUGUGGAAGUGGUUUAAAAUAGCAUAUUUUUUAUCGUAUAAUAUCUGGCAACUCUGUUAGCUUCGCAAGUGUUCUGGAAAUCAGCUCCCAAAUUUUUCGGAUUUUUCGCGGUGAAAGUGCAUCCUAAUUUUGCGAGUGAUUAAAGUGCAUAAGUCCGAAGUGCUAAGAAUUACUUCUUUUAUCGAUAUCAUGAGUGGAUCAAAGAUGGAGAUUGAUAGAGAAAAUGAGGAAGAUGAUUUGCAACUCCAAAGCAAAUCAACACCCUCCGUCUCCUCAUCCAUCCUCAACACCGAUAACGAUGGCGAUGAUAAUGAUGAUAGCUACGAUGAUGAUGACGACUACGAAGAUGGAAUCAACGUCACUCUGCUAUCCUCUCCGCCAUCAAUUCAGGUCCCCCUAAACCCUGAGGUGCAAUUAAAUACCUCUACACAGGAAAUUAAGAGGACAACUAAAAUUAAACUAAGCGGAGCGGGUCAAAAACGCUUCAAGAGGCUCGUCGAGAGUGGGUAUAGCCGAAAAGAUGCUCAUCUUUUGGCUUUAAUACCAUCUAACGAUUCAUCCAAGCGCCAAAGAAAUACGGACUUGAAUGGAUCAAAUACCAGCGGCAAUCCAACGCCAGCUAAAAUUGCGCGCAACAACGGAGGUGCCCAUAAACCUCAGGUGACCAGCAGCAAUGUGCAAAACCGGCUUGACGCGGCUCGAUCGGGACUUCCUAUACCCCAAAAGGGAUUUGAAGGCAAGAUCAAGCCAUCAUACCGGGAUGUCACGAAUUAUGUAAAGCUGGGGGUACUCCCAAAAGGAUACCCUGAUAUAGAGCUUUCAACUGAACAACUGACUGCUAUUCAGAAAGAUAUAUUGAAAAAAGUGGCAGGCCAACGUAAAGAGUUACUUAAGCCUAAAUUUGGCAAUUGUGUGCUCAAGUCAGGCUAUUUAAUCAUCGUUUGCAAAAAUCAAGAAACUGCAGACUGGUUAAAAAGCAUUAUUCCUUCAGUUAAUCCCUGGGCAGGGGCGCAGCUUUUAGCGGUGGAAGAAAAGGAUAUCCCCCGUCCAGAGAUACUUAUUGGUUUCUUUCCAUUGAGUGCAGAAGACUCCAACGAAGAGAUUCUGGCUCUAUUAGAGAGCCAAAAUGAUGGGUUGGCUGUCGAUACGUGGAGGGUACUCCAACGUAACGUUAAAAACCAACAUGUUGAACUAGUUUUCACAGUUGACGGAGGAUCUCUGAACUCCAUCAAAAAAAGUGAUUUUAGUUUGGACUUCAAAUUCGGAUAUGCUAACCUCAGGAAAAAAUAUCAAAAGAGGAAUGAGGAAGGCAGUAGUGAAAGACCAGAGCUACGGGAUGGUUGUGAUUCUCACAAGACCCAUACAAGUACUGGAGAUGGCAUAAUGGUCGUAGAUCAAAGUGCUCAAAUCCCAGGACCCAGUGGUGUUAAGAGAGCACAAAAAAUCCCUAAAAACUCUGGCCACGCUACAAGUAUCGGUAUCGAAAAAAAUACAAACACAACGAAAAACGAAGAAUCAGCACUAGGAUACAGAGACCUGAAAAUCCAAGGAGCGAAGUGUUCAAGUAAAGGUAGCCGCAGAACCAAUGUUGGGGCAGCAUUAAAUCCCCGACCAAGCGGUGAACCAGAUCAAAUUCAACCCUAAAAAUUUAAAAUUCGUCCAAGUGAACCUUCACCAUGCAAAGGGAGCAACCGCUAUACUUUGUAAAAGGUUCACUGAGAGCAAACUGGAUGUUGCCUUCAUCCAGGAGCCGUGGGCAAAUAAGAGUAGGAUACUAGGAAUUCCUACAACUUCUGGUAAGUUGAUUUACGAUAAUGGGCAGCUCGUUCCAAGAGCUGCAAUUUUAGUAAAGGGAAAUUUAAAAAUAGUUCCAAUUACAGAAUUCAUAAAUAAAGACAUCGUUGCAGUUAUGUUGGAGGUACCAACAACUCACGGGAAAACAGAAAUUUGCAUUGCAUCUGCAUAUUUUCCUGGAGACCUGGGAGAGGUGCCUCCACCAGAAGUAGCGGCGUUUGUCAAAUACUGCAGAAGGCAAAAUAAGGCAUUUAUAAUAGGAUGUGAUGCAAAUGCCCAUCACACUGUAUGGGGAAGCACGGACAUCAACUACAGAGGUGAGUACCUUUUAGAAUAUAUUUCCAACAAUAACAUAGAUGUAUGCAACAGAGGAAAUGUCCCAACUUUUAUGAAUAUUAAUAGAGGGGAAGUUCUUGAUUUAACUUUGUGUAGUCCAACUAUCACAGAUAAGAUCAAAAAUUGGCAUGUGUCAGACGAAAUAUCGUUAUCUGAUCACAAGCAAAUAUUGUUUGAAUAUGAUGCUGGUCAACAACUCAUACAAACCAUUAGAGAUCCCAGAAAGACAAACUGGGAUAUGUAUAAUAUAGAGCUAGCAGCACUGGAUAACACGUUAGCAAUUAACACAAACACUAUUGAAUCGUUUGAGGAAACCUCAAAACAAUUUUCAAAUUUGAUUAUGCGUGCAUUUAAUAAGAGUUGCGCCGUCAAGGAACAGUCUACAAAUAGAGAUGUACCAUGGUGGAACAACAAAUUACAAAAACUUCGUAAAAAGACCAGGAAACUCUUUAACUGGGCGAAACGAACACAACAGUGGGCUCAAUAUAAAGAAACCCUCACUUCUUAUAAUAAAGAAAUACGAAGAUCGCAAAGGAUACACUGGAGGCAUACAUGUGAAAACAUUGAAAAUACUCCUGCAACCGCAAGGUUGCAAAAAAUCCUUGCUAAAGAUCACUCUAAUGGGCUGGGUACUUUAAAGAAAGAAGAUGGUUCUUUCACUACAACUGCUAAUGAAACUUUAGAACUAAUGAUGAGAACUCACUUCCCCUGUUCUAUUAUUAAUUCAAAUGAAGACCAAAGUACAUCUGCAUUAGGAACUGGCAUCUGUAAUACCAGGACGAUCAGUCAUACAACAAUGAAUGAAACGACUGGGCAAGAAAGAUCCAGGACAAAUGCCUCUACCUUGGCCGAAAAAAUUUUCAAUGUGAAUAAAGUUGAAUGGGCGAUUGACACCUUUGAACCCUUCAAAUCGCCAGGUAGAGAUGGAAUUUUUCCUGUACUACUGCAGAAGGGUAAGGCGAUUUUAACACCCAUAUUGACAAAACUUUUUCAAGCAAGUUUAGCAUUAGGCUACAUUCCAGAAGAUUGGCGAAAAGUGCGGGUAACUUUUAUCCCAAAGGCAAAUAAAAAGGAUAAAACCUCACCAAAAUCCUUCAGGCCGAUAAGCUUAUCGUCAGUUCUGCUUAAAACUAUGGAAAAAAUUAUUGAUGAAUACGUAAAAUCAUCAUAUAUGGCCAAAAUUCCUCUCAGCAAAUAUCAGUUUGCAUAUCAGGAAGGCAAAUCAUCAGUAACAGCGUUACAUGCAGUUGUUACAAAACUAGAAAGAUCUUUGGGAGCAAAAGAAAUUUCACUUGCGGCUUUCCUUGACAUUGAGGGAGCAUUUGACAACUCAUCUCAUAACUCAAUGAUAUCUGCAAUGACAAAUCGUAAUUUUGACAAAUGCAUCAUAGAUUGGGUUAGCGAGAUGUUAUCUAAAAGAGAGAUAUCAGCAAACCUUGGAAACUCUUUUAUUAGUAUUAAAGCAGUUAAAGGGUGCCCACAAGGAGGCGUACUAUCACCUCUAUUGUGGUCUUUAAUAGUUGAUGAUCUUCUCAAAAAUUUAGAAUCUCAGGGAUUCGAAGUUAUUGGCUUCGCAGACGAUAUAGUCAUAUUAG